GUGGGAGGAUCAAUAGGGUCAGGUUAAAUAAGUUCACCUCUUUGGCGUCCGUGCACGUUUGAGAGAUUAACCUGCAGCAGCUCACGUUUUCAGUUUUGCUCUUUUGGUUUGGAAGAGUUCUCUUUGACUUCAGCCAUGCAGAAAAGCUCAGAGCAGCCCUCUCUUCUGGUCUUGGAGAACUUCAUCGGAGGAAAGUUCAUCUCUUGCAGAGACCAUGUCGACUCCUAUGACCCCUCCACUGGAGAGGUCUACUGCAAAGUACCAGACAGCAGCAAGGAGGAGGUGGACGCAGCUGUGGCAGCGGCUAAAGAGGCCUUCCCUGACUGGUCAGCCCGCAGUCCACAGGAGCGAGCCGAAGUCCUCGUGAAGCUGGCCGAUCUGAUUGAUGCCAACAUGGAAGAGUUGGCCCAAGCUGAGUCCAGAGACCAAGGUAAAACCCUGACGGUUGCUCGGACCGUGGACAUUCCUCGAUCGGCGUACAAUUUCCGCUUCUUUGCGUCGUCCGUGCUCCACCACACCACCGACUGCAGCCAGAUGGACCACAUGGGCUGCCUGAACUACACCACGCGCUGUCCAGUGGGAGUAGCUGGUCUGAUCAGUCCCUGGAACCUCCCUCUGUACCUGCUGACCUGGAAGAUCGCGCCGGCCAUUGCCACGGGCAACACGGUGGUGGCCAAACCCAGCGAGAUGACCUCGGUGACCGCGUGGAUGCUCUGCAAGCUGAUGCAGCAGGCUGGUGUCCCUCCAGGGGUUGUCAACAUUGUUUUUGGCACUGGUCCCAGAGCAGGGGAUGCCCUGGUGGGCCAUCCUGAUGUCCCUCUGAUCUCCUUCACCGGCUCCACCGUCACCGCCCAGCGCAUCACGGAGCGGAGCGCCCCCUACUGUAAGAAGCUCUCCCUGGAGCUGGGAGGUAAAAACCCCGCCAUUAUCUUCGCCGACGCAGACCUGGAGCAGUGCGUCGCCACGACCGUUCGCUCCAGUUUUCUCAACCAGGGAGAAAUCUGCUUGUGUACCAGUAGGAUUUACGUAGAAAGGAGUAUUUACUCUGAGUUUUUAGAGAAGUUUGUGGCUGCGGCUAAAAAGUGGAAGACUGGUGUUCCGUCUGACCCCAACAACAACAAUGGAGCACUCAUCAGCAAAGAACACCUGCAGAAGGUGCGCAGCUUCGUGGCGCUCGCCAAAUCUGAAGGCGCCACGCUCCACUGCGGCGACGGCGUGGACCCGCUGGACCUCCCACAGCGCCACAAGUCUGGCUACUUCAUGCCCGCCACCGUCCUCUCAGGCGUGCCCGACAGCUCGCGCGUCAUGCAGGAGGAGAUCUUCGGCCCCGUCACCUGCGUCAGCCCGUUCGACAGCGAGGACGAGGCUGUGGCCAGGGGGAACGGCGUGCGCUACGGCCUGUCGGCCACCGUGUGGUCCCGGGACGUGGGGAGGGUCCACCGGGUGGCCCAGCGGCUGCAGGCGGGUGUGGUGUGGACCAACUGCUGGCUGGUUAGGGAUCUGAAUCUGCCGUUUGGGGGAAUGAAGAACUCCGGGGUGGGGAGGGAGGGAGGGAAGGAUUCCUAUGAUUUCUUCACGGAGGUGAAGAGCAUCACUAUCAAACACUGAGGCAAUGAUGCAAUGCUGGCCAAAACAAGAAUUUGUUGGUAUUUAGAUUUAGAAAACAUAAAAUUUCACCUCAGAUCGUUUAAAUUAAUCCACAUAUUAGAUGACAUAAUCAGUGGAAACCUACACAAGUAUAUAAACAAACAGAACCGAUGUUAUUGUCUAAUAAAAAAAGAAGUAUACAACCGUCCUUUUUAUUCUUUUUUUUUCUGAUUUUCUCCACCUGGUGGGUUUUAAGAAAUAGUUAGUAUCUUACCUGUUUAGAGAGCUCCAUUAUUAAAAUCUAAAUUCAAAUAAAAUAAUCCAAAAUGAA